AUGGAAGUGGUAAUCAAGAGGCCCUACAUUGAAGUAUUCGAACGCAUAUUGAAGCUCUUCACAUCGGUGAGUGAACAUCUGCACCUCCGACUCACGCACAGUAAGCUAGAGCUCAUCGGGUCCAACAACUUAACGAACGAGUUGAUAAUCCACUUGGACAAGAAGUUCUUCUCCCUGGGCAAUGUGAACUGUGAUGAGAAGGUCGUCAGUGGCUCCCUCAGCUCGAAAGACUUAUACCACUGCCUGUUUAGCUACCAAAUAACGAGGCUGUUGAGGAGUGAUGGGAGUUCCCACUUGGGAAAUUACGAAAGGGGCGAGCAGGAUAGCCAUGUCGGUGGUAGCGGGGGAGUACACUGUGAUGACGACAUUAAUCGCGCUUUCGGCCCUGCGGAAGUGUCCAAACUGAUUCUAAAAUUCAACAAGAAGAACGGAACCCUGGAGGUGGUGGUGAAAUUUAAAAAGCGCAAUACGCACUGCAGCGCAGUGCUCAAACUGAGGCCCUUCUGCAGCCCACUAAAAAGUUACGUGUAUAAAAAUGAAUCCAUUAUACAAGUAGAACCCACUCUCUUUCUAAUAAACUUGAAAGAUUUAGCCAACGAGAGAAACGUUUUUCUAAAAAACACAGAUGACUCCAUUGUACUGAGUGCAAUAGAAACAUCAGACUUCAGUCUCAACAAGGAAAAAAUCAAAAGAGAACAUUUCUUUUACAAUAAUAAAAAAAUAUCCAUCCCUUCAUGUAAGACCAAGUAUUUUUUCAAAAAUAAAAAGUUUGAAGAUCACAGUUUGGCACUUCCUCUCACUGAUUUAAAAGUUAUCUUUAAGUUUUGCUCCGACUUGAAUUUGUUUUGUUUGUUUGCCACCAAGAAUUUUAAAGAGAAUGUGGUUAUCUGCUUCGGGGGGAUAAUUUCACAAAUUCUAGAAAAGAAUAAAAGGAGAAUUUUUUCCCAUCGCUCUAGUACAAAAGGGGGAGGUGCAGAGAUGGAACGAAAAAUUCAUUCUGUUGAAGCUCCUCUCAACGGAAGGGAAAACAACGGCAUGUAUGACCACAACCUAUGCACAAAGAACCCCUUCCAAUACAGAACCCUUUACACACAAGGACGGGAAGAUGAAGCACCUCAAUCGUGGGUCUUCCACCUCUCAGAUGAGGACAAUUCAAGUGAUGAAUAUGAUUCGGAUGUGGAUGAAAUAGAUCAACAGACUUUUUAUUUUCCACCUGCACAUGGUCAGGCAGAUUUGCGGAACGAUAAGGAGAUGCAUUACAAUAACAUUAUAGCGGGGAGAAUACAUUUCACAUCUUACUUCAACAUGUCCUGCCAUUUUAAUGAUUAUUAUUUUGGUGGAGAAGAUGUGGUUAAGAGUUACUUCGGAGGGCCUUCUUCACGCGAGGUGAAAGGAGUGGACAUACAACAUAGCACGAUGGAAGCGGAACAAAGGCAUCGCCCACAGGGAGAGCGUACGCAUGAGCAAUGCGAAAUGAGAACAGGUCAAAAUGGCCCAGAGAAAAUUCCAAAAAAAUACCCCGAAAAAAGUAUUAGCGAAACGUGUAAUAUAAAGUCUGAAAAGCAGGAACACCUGAACUGGUCAAAAAAAAGAGAUGACCCCAGUGAGCAGGACACACAUCGUGCAAAGAAAUGUAGAAGGAGUGAACCAAUGGAACAUGUAUCCUAUCCUGAUCUGAGACAAGAGAAAGAAGAAUACACGGAGGGGGGUAAUAGUAGGAUGGAACUACCUAGUGAGGAUCUAAAUUAUGAUAUGUUCAUGAGGGGAAACGAGAAACAGGUGGACAGUUACUUCAAGAUGGAGUCAAAGAUGAAGGAACUCCAAAGAACUCUAGACAUGGUAGAAAAAAUGGAACAUCUCAACGGACGAAGUGUGAACGUGUCGAAAGGGAGAAGUAGAGAUGUAGCUCCUUUCCCAAACAUAAUGAAUGGAAAAAUUGAAAAAAAAAAAAAAAGAAAAAAAAAAGCGGAAUGUUUCUCUUCGAACGUAUGUGAAAGGAAUAAACGUGGAAGGAACUACUCGAGGAAUAUAUCGGGAGAUGCAUGUCUACCAUCCUGUGACAGUGUAUCCGUAGAAGGAAACAACCUGAGUAGUUGUAAUUCUUCCCUUACGGAUGAAUGUAAUUCAUUAGAUAGUGACAAUUUCUACUCACUUGGAGAUGAAGAAGAUUCACUCUCCACUCCAUCACCACAGAAUAAACAGGAUUACGAAUGCGAGAGAUAUUUCAAUAACGUUUACUCCAAGUACCAUUGGGGUGAAAAUUUAAGUGACUUCAAGAGGGGGCUCUACCAAAGUGAUGAUCAGAGUGCGGCUGGGUGGUACUUACCAGAUCAAAACUGCAAUCAGGCAAGGAGUGUUGAAAAGCGGCUUCCUCCACGUGCCUCAAGGAGUUCGCAUUAUAGGCGGUUAAGCACAGACACAGAUAGGGGAGCCAACUCAUGGAGAGAUGCGUAUAUGGAAGAGACUAAUCCGUAUAGAGUAAAAGAGGAUGAACAAUUUCAUUGCAGAAAAAAAGAUGGAAAGUUGGAGAGCAAACUCCACUGGAUGUCCAAGUAA